AUGUGCUGGUGGGGUGUAAAUCACACCAACGCGGGGAUCCGCGUGCGCAGCCUUUGCAUCUCUCUCUCUUCCCCCCAGGAUGGCAUCUCCGUGAAGACUCUUUCCGAGCAAGGAGUCAGGAUCAGCAAUAAGAAGCCCCGCAAGGCCGCCGGCGCUGGCAGCAUGCUGUACGGCCGCUUCGUGAAGUCAGCCACGCUCACAGCGUGUGGGGAGGAGUCCACGAAGCUGCCCGCCGGCUCCGAGAGCAGUGAGGAGGAAGAGGAGAAGCUGGACCUCUCUUCGGCCAGGAGGCUGACGGAUGAGGAGCUGAUGCGAGUGUGCGGAGGCCGCACAGCACACAAGGGUGCCCGGCAUGGCCUGACCAUGAGCGCCAAGCUGGCGCGCUUGGAGGAGCAGGAGCGAGCCUUCCUGGCCACGUACCGACCCAAGGAGCCGCAGCACGAGCCCCCAGCGAGCAGCCCCCCGGCAGGGAAGCGGGAGAAAAGGAAGAAAAGGAAACAGUCCAGGGACGGAGCCGCCCCCGAGGUGCUGCAGGGCCAGGAGCCAAGCGGAGAAGAGGAGGUGGCGGGAGAGGAAGGGAAGGUCGUGAAAAGGAAGAAGAAGCAGGAGCCAAGUGGAGAAGAAGAGGGGCAGGUCACGAAGAGGAAGAAUAAUAAGAACCAGGAGCCAAGUGAAGAAGAGGUGGCAGGAGAGGAAGGGAAGAUCACAAAGAGGAAGAAGAAGAAGAAGCGGGAGCCAAGCGGAGAAGAGGAGGGGCAGGUCGUGAAGAGGAAGAAUAAUAAGAACCACGAGCCAAGUGAAGAAGAGGUGGCAGGGGAGGCAGGGAAGGCUACAAAGAGGAAGAAGAAGCAGCAGCAGGAGGAGGAAGAGGACAGAGAAGAGCCAGUUGAGACGAAGAAGGAGAAGAAGAAGAAGAAGAAGGAUGAGGACAAAGAAGGGCCAGUUAAGACGAAGAAGGAGAAGAAGAAGAAGAAGAAGAAGGAUGAGGACAAAGAAGAGCCGGCUGAGACAGAGGUACCUCUAGAAGAUGCAGAUGGGCCAGAGCGGGCUGGGCACAGCCCCAGGAAGAAGAGGAAGAGGAGGAGGAAGGAGCCAGAGUGA